GGAAAUUGCCAAUUACAAUGUAAAUUUUGUAAUAAUACUUUCAAAGGUUCAUAUACAAGAGUAAGGGCACACUUGUUAAAACUCCCAGGAAAGGGAAUUGGUGCUUGUAAGAAAGUGACAAGUCAAAAACUUUCACAACUACAAAAUGAGAAUGAUGCUGCUGAGCUGAGAAUUAAAAAUGCUCCUCCCAAAAAUGUACCAUUGCCUCCUUCCACUGUAUCAGUGGGUAGUAGUUAUGCUUAUGAAUCAAAGGAGAGGAGAACAUGUGAGAGUGGGAGUGGGAGUGCGCCUGGGAGUGGGAGUGGGAGUGCUAUUGAGAAAGCAUUCAACUUGAAGGAUAGAGAGCAAUUGCAUUUUGAAAUUGCUAGGAUGUUCUACUCGGGGGGAGGAGGGGGGGGUACCUUUUAAUCUUGCAAGAAAUCCUUACUAUGUUAGCUCUUACACAUUUGCUGCAAAUCAUAAUAUUCCUGGAUAUUUGCCUCCCGGUUAUAAUUUGUUACGAACCACAAUACUUCAAAAAGAGAGGGCAAACAUUGAUAAAUUGUUGCAACCAAUUAGGGGCACAUGGAAGGAAAAAUGGGUGAGCAUUGUUAGUGAUGGUUGGAGUGAUUCUCAAAGGAGGCCUUUGAUUAAUUUUAUGGCAGUGAGUGAAAGUGGGCCUAUGUUCAUUAAAGCAGUUGAUUGUUCUGGAGAAACUAAAGACAAAUAUUUCAUUGCAAAUUUGAUGAAAGAAGUGAUUAAUGAGGUUGGGCCAAGUAAUGUGGUUCAAGUCAUCACGGAUAAUGCUCCUAAUUGUAAGGCAGCCGGACAACUCAUUGAAGCUCAAUUCCCUCAUAUUCUAUGGACUCCUUGUGUGGUGCACACAUUAAAUCUAGCUUUGAAAAAUAUUUGUGCCGCAAAGAAUAUUGAGAGGAAUGAAGUCACAUAUGAAGAAUGUAGUUGGAUUACUGAUAUUGCCGGAGAUGGUUUGAUGAUUAAGAAUUUUAUCUCUAAUCACUCAAUGCGAUUGGCUAUGUACAAUGAAUUUGUGUCAUUGAAGUUGCUUUCGGUUGCUGAAACACGAUUUGCCUCCACAAUUGUUAUCCUCAAGAGGUUAAAGCUUAUAAAACGUGGUCUUCAAGCAAUGGUAAUUAGUGACAAGUGGAAUUGCUAUAGAGAGGAUGAUGUUGGGAAGGCAAAAUUUGUGAAAGAAAAGAUUUUGGAUAAUGUGUGGUGGGAUUACAUUGAUUAUAUUCUUUCCUUCACGGGUCCUAUAUAUGACAUGCUUAGGGCUUGUGAUACGGACAAACCUUGCCUUCACUUAGUAUAUGAUAUGUGGGACUGAAUGAUAGAGAAAGUGAAGAUGUCAAUUUAUAGGCAUGAAGGGAAAAGAAUAGAUGAGGAAUCUACAUUUUACAAUGUGGUGCAUCAAAUUCUCGUGGAUCGUUGGAAUAAAAACAAUACUCCUCUCCAUUGUAUGGCACAUUCAUUGAAUCCAAAGUAUUAUAGUGAUGAGUGGCUCCAUGAGGAUCAAAAUAGAGUUCCUCCACAUAGGGAUGAAGAGGUGACACGUGAGAGGAACAAGUGUUUUAAGAGGUAUUUUGAAGAUAUC